AUGAAGUUGCUAAAAUCCAAUAUUGCUCUUUUUUUCAUGCUUUUUCAUGUUAUUGAUUUAAUGCACCGCAUCGAAUAUACCUCUGGACGAAUGGAUGCAGACGAAUCAUUUAGAUUUAUUCGUUAUGGGCAUACUACGAAUUAUUAUAACGAUAAGAACGACAAUAAACUUUGUUUUUUGGGAGGAGUAGAUCGCAAAAAUAGUACUACAGCUGAUUUCUUUACGCUUGAAAUAUCCAACUCACUGAAUACAACAGCUCCAAAAUUUGUACAGCAAAUAUUUAAUCCUAGUCCUCCCAAUGUUGCUUUUGCUACCACAGUAAUAAAUAACUCAACAAUUUAUGUAUUUGGAAGUUUUAAUGGCACUACGUUGUUUCAAGGUUUCUUUAUUGAUAUAUCGAGUAAACCAACAUGGAAUAAACUUGAUGGUCUACCAACACUUGCUAUUCAAGCUCCACAAGCAAGAACCAUGAAUGCUAUAAUUGAUUCAUCGGGAAACAUUUAUGUUUUCGGUAGAUUUAUUCAAUCAUCACAGCAACAAAUAUUACGACGACAAAUAAACAUGCCACUACAACCCAAUAAUCCACUACAACCCAAUAAUCCAAUAUCAUCGCCAACCUUAGCCACGUCAUCAUCACCAGCACCAACUACAUUACUUCCACCAACAACUCAAUCACAACAACCAACUCUUCAGUCUCCGUCCACUCAAUCACAACAACCUCAGCCACCAACCACUCAAGCACAACCACCAUCCACUCAGCCACAACCAUCUCCCGAUCAACAGCCAAUCAAUGCAAUGCUCGUUUAUAAUAUAAAUACGAGGUCUUGGAAACACAUUGACUUAAAAGAUUAUGACCAAUCCAAAUUACCAGCUUCUGAUUUUACUGCUACAUAUUUGCAAAAUUCCAAUUCGAUAAUUUACAUAGGCGGCAAAUCUUCAGAUGGAAGCUUAAUACCAAUGAAUCAGCUCAUCAUUUACGGCGGACUUUCAAAUUUAAAACAACCUCUUGAUUCUAGUAAUGCUUUGGUAAUUCUGGACAUCAAUGACGGCAGUUACAAUUGGUAUACACCAAAGGUUACACCAAAUACGCAACCUAUUCCUUACUAUCAUACUGCAACAAUUGUCAAUGAUAGUUCUAUGGUCGUUGCAUUCGGGAUAGAUGGCAAGAGUGGAAGGUUAAUUGGCGAUGGCGAUGUCACAUCGAACGAAAAUGUUAUUUCAAUUCUUAAAGUAGAUGCACAGAAAAAUAAUUAUACAUGGGUAUCUAACGCUAAUAAUCCAUCUCCGAAAAAGGGUUCAUAUGUUGGCAUUAUACCAAAGCAGAAAAAUUUAGAGGAUAGUCAUGAAGUUAUUCAAUUUACACCAGUACCAAUUACAAGCGAUUCAAACAAUCAGGUUAUAAAGUUUCCUUUCGGUCGUCAAUAA